CCCUCCCCUCGUGUAUUUUAGCCAUUAUUGGAUGGUACUCAACCCCUCUCUCUCUCUCUCUCUCUCUCUCUGCAACAUCAUUGAUGCUCUCUGUCUCAUUUUAUUUUUGUUUUCUAUUUUGAUCUUUGAUGGUUUUCUGUCACUGAAUUUUGAACAUGAAAAGUGUGAUGGCUAAAUCAAGAAUGAAGAGGGAGAGUAAUUUGCAUAAUUAGAUUAAAUAUGUGAUAUUGAUUACAAGCGAAAUAAUUUAGUAGUUCGGUUUGGUUCUCAAAUUUAUGGCGACGUACUUUCAUGGGAGCUCGGAAAUCCAAGCUGAUGGUCUGCAGACACUUUAUUUGAUGAACCCUAACUACGUGGGAUACUCUGACAACUCUGACACACAUCAACAGCAACAACUACAGCCACAUCAACCACCGUCCAAUCUCCUCCUCUUCAAUUCUCCCACCAAAAACGCGCUUAACUCACACGCGCCACCACCCCAAAACCACCAUUUAGUCGGUAUUCCCCUUCCAACCGUUAGAUCUGCUUAUUCUGAUGAUCCAAACCGUUCAUUGACACAUGAAAUCCCGACCCUCCAUGGUAUGCUCCCUCGUUUCCAAUACAAUUCCUGGGGCAUGGCCGAUCAAACAGCAAUGGCAACGAGUGGUUCUGGUGGCGGCCUGGUUGAUUUCGCAUCACAAUUGGGCUUUCGAAGGCCGGUGGUCCCACCCACUACUACCCAACAAGGUUUGUCCUUGUCCCUUUCGUCCCAACAGCCGACUUACCGGUCACUUGCCGGAGAACAUGACAUUUCGGGUCAGGCUCCUGCAAGCGGUGGCUGCGAAGGGCAGGGAUCAGGCGGUUCGUAUUCUUCGGUGUCGAAUGGAAUCUCCGGUGUGAUUUUGGGUUCCAAGUACUUGACUGUUGCACAGCAACUUCUUGAUGAAGUUGUUAAUGUUGGGAAGGCGAUUAAGAUCGACGACAGUGAGGGGACAAAAGAGAAGGCGAAGAUGAGUAGAGAAUCAAUGACGGAGAGUGAGGGACACGGCGGUUCAAGUGGUGGUGGUGGGGAAGCAAGUUCUAAGGGUGGGGCUGAGCUCACGGCGGCGCAGAGACAAGAGGCUCAGAUGAAGAAGGCAAAGCUUGUUAAUAUGCUUGAUGAGGUGGAGCAAAGAUACAGACAGUACCAUCACCAAAUGCAGAUUGUAGUUUCAUCAUUUGGGCAGGCAGCAGGAACUGGGUCAGCGAAAUCGUACACCGCCCUCGCUUUGCAAACAAUCUCAAAGCAAUUCAGGUAUCUGAAAGAUGCCAUUACCACCCAAAUCAAAGCCGCAUGCAAGAGCCUUGGUGAAGAUGAGAAGACUAGUGAGGCUACAGGUUCGAGACUCAAGUUUGUGGAUCAUCAGCUUCGACAACAACGGGCUCUACAACAGUUGGGAAUGGUCCAACAACACAAUGCUUGGAGACCCCAGAGAGGUUUGCCUGAGAGAGCUGUUUCUGUUCUUCGUGCUUGGCUCUUUGAGCACUUCCUUCACCCGUAUCCUAAAGACUCAGAUAAGCACAUGCUUGCGAAACAAACAGGGCUUACUAGGGGCCAGGUGUCUAAUUGGUUCAUAAAUGCUCGAGUCCGGCUAUGGAAGCCAAUGGUUGAAGAUAUGUACUUGGAGGAAAUGAAGGAUCAAGACCCAAAUGGUUCUGAGAACAACUUGAACCAAAAAGAACCUAACAAGGACUCAGGAUCAAAAUUCACUACUCCACAAGAGAACACUACUUUCCAAAUGGAUCAAACUAAUAGUAGUCUACAAUCCAAGCAAGAGACAGCAAUCAACCACACUUCUUCUCCCACUGAAAUCUCAAACUCGGCAGCUUCAACAUCACCGCUUGAACGAUCGCUUCAAGGCGGCUUCACCAAUUUUCAAAGAAGUCCAAAGAAGCCGAGAAGUUCAGACAUGUUGAGUUCACCAAGUAGUAUACUUUCAAUGGACAUGGACAUGAAAAAUAGUGAGACAAUUGGCACUAGUAUAACUAGUAAUAGUCAUGGUAGUGGAUUUGGUUCAUACCCAAUUGGGGAUAUUGGAAGAUUUGUUGAUCAUGAGCAAUUGGCCACCACAAGGUACCAUGGAAACAGUGUUUCACUCACUCUUGGCCUUCCCCACUGCGAAAACAUGUCUCUGUCCAAUGCUCAGCAAAACUACAUAUCCAACCACAACAUCCAGUUGGGAAGUAGACUCAAUUUGGGAAGUGUUGAGACUCAUUACAAUGGUAUGAAUAUGAACACCUCACAACCUUCCCAUUCCGACAUUGGAUUUGAGAAUGUCGACAUUCAAAAUAGGAAGAGCUUUGCUGCUCAGUUGUUGCGUGAUUUUGUGGCAUAAAGAAUUUAAGAAACAUCCACUUCAAGCUCUCUUUUAGUGCAAGUGUGAUGUGGCUCUAAGAGAUCAUCAAAAAGAUUGAAGUGAUGAAGUCCAUGGCUAAGGGAAAGGACAGUGAUGCGGUCAUAUAUUGAUUGAUAUAUUAAUAAAUAUCGGUAUGAGAAGUUUAAAAUUUCAGUACGUAUUAACCAAUAUGAUAUUUAAAACUGUGCUUUCUAGCCUUGUUUUUGUUCCCCUUGGUGGAAUAGAGAAAAUUCAUGCUUAGUGUAAAGAUAGAAGAGAGGAUUAUUAUAUAUACAUUAGGGGACAACUUAUGUUUUAUCAUUACUGAUAUAUAGCUUAAGGUUGAGUGUGUAAGGUUGGAGAUUGUAUAUAUUAUAUUGAAACAUUUGGUAUAGAAUGUUUGAUACUGGGUAUAUUAUAUAAAUAGUCCCCUUUAGUUUA